AUGCGGUCCAUCGUUUCUGCCAUCACGAUUCUGACAGUCUUGCGGCGUCUAUUAGCCAAUAGAGCAUUGUGGCGCUUAUGGUUCUAUGUGGCUGCGGUCAGCCGCAAAGGUUGUACAAACAUAACUUCGAGAUAUUAUCAUAAUUAUAACACAGCAUUCUCUUGCAUUUACUUUCAGAUCAACCAAGGAACUGCGAUUCGGUUAGUCGUGAUACAUCCUGGCUCUGGCGAUGAGCCUAUCCGAUGCCACUUGAUGCAUACCAAGCUAGGCGAAAGAGCUUACGAGGCAUUAUCUUACGAAUGGAAAGAAGAAAGUGAUGAUGACCCGAUGAUUAACGUGAACGGUGGAGAUAUUACUUUUAGGAAAAACUUUGGUGCUUUGAGGGUCAUUGUCUGGCUAGGCAGUGCGGCAGAGAAAAGCGAUACUACAUUAAGAAUGAUUAAAGAGAUUGCAGUUCUAGCCGUUCUUAGAACGACUGAUAGAAAAAGCAACGAGGAACACUACUGCAAUCAGCUUGGUCAGUUGUCUGGAGGUUCCAAUCAUGAGUAUUGGAAGGCCCUAGUCGCGCUAUGUCAACCUCCGUACUGGUGUCGUAUUUGGGUGUUGCAGGAGAUACAUCUGGCAAAGAGCUAUGAAGUACAUUGUGGCAAAAAAUCCAUUGGCAGUAGCGGCUUUUAA